UGACCUGGAGUUUGAGCAAGCAGACGCCCCUCCGCUGCAAUUCCUUCAGGGAGACGCUCUCCUGCCAUGCCCUGGGAAUCACACAGGGGUGAGAACACCAUGGGGAUGAGGUCAAGAAUCAAAGCUCCAGGUGACAGAGCGGAAUGACCUUGUCCUGGCUCCUGGCACCCCUCUCCUCGUGGCUGGCCUUCCUGCUUUCGGCCGCGGUCCGGCACCGGAGUUCCCAGAGCACGUCACUGCAGGAAGGUCUUGUUGCCAAAACUUCCCUGUCUUCACCCCCGUGGCCUGAAGUGCCAAAACUUCCAGAUCCAGUGGAAGAAGCCAAGUAUCAUGCAGAGCUGGUGCAGAAGGUGAACGGGAUGAUCUCGGCGGGGGAGUACGGGCGGCUCUUUGCCGUCGUCCACUUCGCCAGCAAGCAGUGGAAGGUCACCAGUGAAGACCUGAUCAUGAUGGACAACGUGCUGGAGGCUGAGUGUGGAGACCGGAUCCGGCUGGAAAAGGUUUUGCUGGUUGGUGCUGACGACUUCACGCUCAUUGGAAGGCCACUGCUGGGGAAAGACCUGGUCCGCGUGGAGGCCACAGUGAUUGAGAAGACGGAGUCGUGGCCCAAAAUCCACAUGCGCUUCUGGAAGAGGCACAACUAUCAGAGGAAGAAAAUCAUUAGGAACCCCCAGACCGUCCUCCGGAUCAACACCAUCGAAAUCUACCCGUGUUUGUCCUGAUUGAUUGGGGGGGGGGGAAGGUGUGGCUGGGAAUCAUCGUUGCUCCAGGCAAUCAUGGAAACAAAACUGCCUCAGCACUGGAAAGUCCUGGACUUGCUGCUGUAGUGGGAAAUGGAAACUUCUACGUGCUGUCUUUUCAAAAUAAUGAAAUAUUUUUUGAACUGUCA